UCAAUACCGGGACGCCAACACUUCUCCGCUCUGUGCAGCCUUUCCACGGCCCCCAAUGCUGCGGAGCCACCGAGCCGUUAUCGAAGGCAACGCGAUAAGGACUCCGGUGUGCAAGGAGCCUUGUAUUGCAGCAAUCACGCAGUCGCGAAGCCUCGUCUGUGUGUUGAGCCUCGUCGCCUCGGGGCCGAGUGCUUCGAAUGCACGAAGAAGCGCCAAAGGCGUGUAGUCGUUGAAGUACACGCAUAGCCGUUGGCCAACGUGCAUUAGCACUUAGCGUGCGAGCUGCGGUAAACAGGUGCGUCCGCCCCGCUUGACGUCGUCGUAUUCCACGAAAUAAUCCGAGAUGCCUUCAACGCGGGCGCGGCUGAAGGCGUGCCACGGAGGAAGUGACCGUGAGGAAGCGAAGCUGCGAUGGUUCGUAAGAUCGAAUGUCCGAUCGUAAGAGCGAAGGUCGAAGCACGGCGGCCAAGUAGACAGGUACACAGACGGACACAACCCUCCAAAACUUAAGCUAAGAGGAGAACACCAGUCUACAGGAACGACGCCAUGCUGCCCAUAGUGGCUAUACUGUUGGCGGUCGCAGUAUUCCUGAUUUCGGCCGCCACCAUCGCCUGGCUCUACCUCCGCCUGAUCAGGCAGAUGUCGUGGGAUGAUCACAAGGGAUCGUACCAGCCGUCCAAGACGGAGGAGAAAGUACUCGGCAAAUCGCUCUCUCUCCUAAACGGCACAGCGAAGGUCGCCGCUUCCGACGAAACUGACCACAAGGACGUGGAAGCGGCCGAAGAACAACCGUCGGACUCCAGCGUGACACUGUUGUCAGUCACACCUCGCGAGCCAGAAGACGGGCCCGCGCUCAACGGUAGUUUCGCAGAGUUUGACCAAUCACAGACAGCCUCCGGUACGCACUCUUCAGAGAACCAUCCAAUGACGUCAACGCCUGCAGAUGGCCUUAGCGCGGGUCGCUAUACAAGGCCACAAGUGCCAACUGCUUACGUGGGGCGCGGUCUCAGCUACCCGUCCGUGCCCGCGACGCACACUGACCUUAGUGAACGCAAAGUGUCGGAUACGUCCAGGACUAACGUUCCUGACAAGCAGGCGAUUCGACUGAACGAGCCCGCUCGAAGCCACAGCGCAUGCGCGUCGACAGCCGCAACGCGCCGAGAGAAUGCGACGGGCGACGUCGAAGAACUGUCGCUGUCGCCGAUGCUCUGGGACUAUGCGGGCUUCGAGUGGCCCGGCAAGAACCGGGAAGACGUGUUCGCCACGGACGUUGACGUCUACGCCGGCUCGGAGUGCAGCGGCACCGCCGGCGAAGAGGAGGAAGAGUCGGACGGCCACUCGAGCACGUCGGGAGUGCACCGCGGAGUGCGGAAGAGGGAACGCUCGUACUCUUGCUACCCGUUCGUCGAACACGGCCUGCGGCAAGUGCAGGAUUACCGGUGCGUCCCGUUCGUGCAACCCGAAUACGCUACAGUGCACUGCAGUGCGGCGUCUUCCGGAAGCCUGCCCAUCUCGGAGGAAGACGAGGCUGACCAAGCGUUCUUCGGGAAGGCCCAGCACGACGAGUCCUACAGGCAGUACCUCAGAAGUAUCAUCCUGAAGCGCAAAGCGAGAAUGUACUACGGACUGUACGGCGACUUGCCUUACUCCUGAACACUAUACGAGAAACACCGGUAUGCGUGGUCCUUUCGGCCAUACAGGAACCUGUCCUUCCAGAAGCCUGAGUGUGCGGUCAAUGACUCGUGCGUCCUGGACAGGCAACAUUGCUUUAACCUCCUUCUCUAUCUAUCUCUCUUUGUCGAUGUGCUAUCAGCGCCAUAUCCGUUUAUGCCAGCACACAGAAACGUCCGUGAAUGCCCGUGAAGUGAACUUAAAAAGAGCUCAGACGCACGAGGCGCACAACAAGAAGGCGACACACACGUUGUAAUUCCGCGCGCGUAUGUGGCACAUUCUCGUGUUGUCCCUCGCUCGUUCGCGCUGUUGCAUCUUGAUCGAAAAGAUUUGGGCGCGUCGACGAAAACAUGAAUAUAACUCGAAGCAGUGCGAAGGGACGACGACAGGAAUAAGGAAAACGACCUCGACAGGACGAGUGCUGACCUGAAGUUUAAUCGAGGACCCACCAGGCGGUGUUCGCCCUGUCAUGGUUGUUUUUCUCGUUCCUGUCCUCCUCCCUUCGCGCUGCUGCAAGUUAUAUUCUGGAUGAACCAACCCGCCCAAAUCAAGUUAUUGUUAGAACGAAAACAUGCUCGGUAUCUGUCUGC